GGAGCGGCCUGCAGCAUGUCUGGAUCUAUACCGUUCUACCAGAAGGACCACCGCCACUACGACCGUGGCUACCGUAGCAAGCAGACGGAGUCUAAAAUGAGCCAGUACCAGUCCAGCAGCAGAUACGUUGCUGGCAGCAGCGCCUCCGCCGCCAUCAGGAGCGCCUCCGCCGCCAGCAGGAGCGCCUCCGCCGCCAGCAGGAGCGCAGGACUUAGAGUGUCUUCAUACUCUGGGCUGGAAGACAGCAGACUGAGCCCUCUACCCAAGAGAGCCAAGCCAACUUACUUGGCUGUGGAUAAAGAGAACCAAGUCAUCGGUUAUGUAGUGCCGAUCUUCAGGGGCAGUAAAGAGUUUGCUACAGGAUUUUCGGAUACAGAGGAAGCAAGAGUGAGGGACACUGCUGCAUACAUGGCCCGCAGGGAUUUGUUCACCAGUGGCGUGGAGAUGGAGAGAUCAGAGCAGAUAUCCAGGAAGGAGACCAUGCGCGAAUCAGCUGAACGCAUCUCUCUGAACAAAAGGAUCCAUGAACACGGGGAACACUUCAAGCGCAUGAACGAAGACAGCCUGAUGCACGCCCCAGAGUUUGUGAUUAAACCUCGCUCCCACACAGUGUGGGAGAAUCAGUGUGUGCGGCUGCAUUGCACUGUCAGUGGCUGGCCCGACCCACGGGUCGUCUGGUACAAAAACAAUGUGGCACUUGACCCCCUUGGCAACCCUGGCAAGUAUAAACUUGAGAGCAGAUACAGCGUGCACUCACUGGAGAUUAACAGAUGUGAUUUUGAUGACACAGCGCAGUAUCGCGUCUCCGCCAUGAACUCCAAGGGAGAGCUGUCUGCAUUUGCCUCUGUCGUUGUUAAGAGAUUCAAGGGUGAAAUUGAUGAGUCCCUGCCAGCACCCAGACAUGGCCCAGUGUCUGAGUAUGGCAUCACCUUCCAGACUCACAUUGUUGAUAAGUUUGGUGUAUCCUUUGGAAGAGAGGGGGAGACCAUGAGUCUGGGGUGUACGGUCAUCAUCUACCCUUCCCUGCACCGCUACCAGCCAGAGAUCGAGUGGUACAGAGAUGAUGUUCUCCUGUCUCCAUCUAAAUGGAACCACAUGCACUGGAGUGGAGACCGAGCCACGCUGACACUCACACACCUCAACAAGGAGGAUGAGGGUCUCUACACCCUGCGUGUCACCACCAAGUCUGGAUACGAAACCUACUCGGCCUACGUCUUUGUCAGAGAUUCUGAUGCUGAGAUUGAAGGAGCCCCAGGUGCCCCUCUGGAUGUUCGCUGUCUGGAUGCCAACAAAGACUACAUUAUUGUCACUUGGAAGCAGCCAGCUGUCGAUGGUGGCAACUCCAUCCUGGGCUACUUUGUGGACAGGUGUGAGGUUGGAACCACCCACUGGAUCCAGUGCAACGACACUCCGGUUAAGUUUGCCCGUUUCCCUGUGACCGGCUUGGUGGAGGGCCGUUCGUAUACUUUCCGUGUGCGUGCUGUCAACAAGAGUGGCAUGAGUCACCCGUCCAGAGUGUCUGAACCGGUGGCUGCCAUGGACCCAGCUGACCGCGCACGCAUGAGAGGUACUUCCGCCCCCUGGACCGGUCAGAUCAUUGUCACAGAGGAGGAGCCUGCAGAGGGCGUCGUUCCCGGCAGACCUCGUGAACUAGAGGUGACAGAGGCAACCAAGAACUAUGUGGUGCUGAGCUGGAAGCCGCCUGGAGAGAAAGGCCUGGAGGGUGUCAUGUACUAUGUGGAAAAGUGCGUCGCCGGCACAGACAGCUGGCAGAGGGUGAACACAGAGAUCCCAGUCAGGUCCCCUCGCUUUGCGUUGUUUGAUCUCGCCGAGGGGAAGUCAUACAGCUUCCGUGUCCGCUGCUGCAACUCUGCCGGUGUCGGUGAACCUUCUGACCCGACUGAGGCCACCACAGUUGGCGACAAGCUUGAUAUCCCAUCUGCCCCAGGCAAAGUUAUUCCCACUAGAAACACAGACACAUCAGUCGUUGUGUCCUGGGAAGCGUCCCGUGAAGCCAAAGAGUUGAUUGGAUACUACAUUGAGGCGAGCAUUGUGGGCAGCAACGUGUGGGAGCCAUGCAACAACAAGCCCGUAAAAGCUACCAGGUUCAUCUGCCACGGUCUGAUGACAGGAGAGCAGUACGUGUUGAGGGUGAGGGCGGUGAACGCUGCAGGGCUCAGCCAGUUCUCCCAGGAGUCUGAGCCUGUGAAGGUGAAGGCUGCUAUUGCCUCCCCUGCUCCACCCUAUGGCAUCAGUGUCCUGGAGUGUGUGCGUGACUCCAUGGUGCUGGGCUGGAAACAGCCGACUUUCAUCGGCGGCGCUGACAUCACCGGCUACUUUGUGGAUUACCGUGAGGUCAUCGAUGGCGUGCACGGGAAGUGGCACGAGGCCAACAUCAAGUCAGUCAGCGAGAGGGCAUACAGGGUGUGUGACCUGAAGGAGAACAGGAAGUACCAGUUCCAGGUGAGAGCAGCCAACAUGGCGGGUGUUGGCAUCCCAUCACUGCCCAGUGACACCUUCCUGUGUGAGGAGUGGACCAUCGCUGUGCCAGGACCUCCUCAUGACCUGCAGAUAAGAGAGGUGAGAAGCGACUCUCUGGUGUUGAUAUGGAAACCACCUGUGUACCAGGGCCGUGACCCGGUCAACGGGUUCUACGUUGACAUCAAGGAAGCGGACGCACCAGAGGAGGCGUGGAGAGGAGUCAACACCAAGGCUACGGAGAAGACAUACUUUAAGAUUAAGAAUCUGAAGGAAGCAGAGACGUAUGUGUUCCGUGUUCGUGCGCAGAAUAAAGCCGGCGUUGGAAAAACCUCAGAUGUGACAGAACCAGUUCUAGCUGUGACCAAACCAGGCACCAAUGAGAUCGUUGUGGAUGUUGAUGAUGACGGUAUUAUCUCCCUGAACUUUGACUGCUGCGACCUGACCCCUGACUCCAAAUUUGUGUGGUCCAAGAAUUACGAGGAGAUCACAGACACCUCCCGCUUGACUGUAGAGACCAAGGGAAACAAGUCCAAAGCUUUUUUCAACGCUCCUGGGGACGAGGACAUUGGUAUUUACUCCUGUCUCGUCACCCACACUGAUGGUGCUUCAUCCAGCUACAACCUCUCUGAGGAAGAGCUGAAGAGGCUGCUGGAGAUCAGCCAUGACCACAAAUUCCCCAUUAUUCCCCUGAAGUCAGAGUUGGCCGUGGAGCUGCUGGAGAAAGGCAAAGUUCGCUUUUGGCUGCAGGCGGAGAAGAUAUCAGCUAAUGGCAAAAUCGAUUACGUGUUCAAUGAUAACCUUCUCUCUCAGGGGGAGAAAUAUAAGAUGAACUUUGACAAGAACACCGGCGUGAUUGAGAUGACCAUGGAGUCUCUGACUCCGGCAGAUGAGGGCACCUUCACCUUCCAGAUGCAGGAUGGGAAAGCAACCAACCAGUCCAGCUUGGUACUGAUAGGAGACGUGUUCAAGGAGCUGCAGAAGGAAUCCGAGUUCCAGAGGAAAGAAUGGUUCAGAAAGCAAGGUCCUCACUUUAUCGAGUAUUUGAGUUAUGAGGUGACACCAGAGUGCUGCGUUGUGCUGAAAUGCAAGGUGGGCAACAUGAAGAAGGAGACCUCGGCGCUGUGGUACAAAGACGGACGUGAGAUCAAAGCAGACGAACAUCUGGGCUUCACCGAGGGAGUGCUGAAACUGGAGAUAGCUCAGCGCGACUUCCCCGCAGACACAGCAGCCUGUGACCGCAACCUACUCUGGAGAAGACUAAAAAUUUCCAAGAAGGAUGCCGGUGUGUAUGAGGUGGUUCUGAAGGAUGACAGAGGAAAGGACACUUCCACACUGAAUUUGACAGACCAAGGUUUCAAGGACUUGAUGAAUGAAGUUUUCAGUUAUAUCGCCAAUUCCUCCACUCCGCUGAAGAUCACAAGCACAGAUGAGGGAAUCCGAAUCUACACCUUUGUCAGCUACUAUAACGAUUUACUCCAAGUGACAUGGCACUACAAGGAAUCAGCCAUCGCCUUCUCUGACCGUAUAAAGAGUGGCGUGGUGGGAGAGCAGCUGUGGCUGCAGAUCACAGAGCCCACAGAGAAAGACAUGGGCAAAUACGCCAUCGAGUUCCAUGACGGAAAGGACGGCCUGAAGAGAACUGUUGAGCUGUCUGGUAAAGCGUUUGACGAUGCUUUUGCAGAAUUCCAGAGACUCAAAGCUGCUGCUAUUGCAGAGAGAAACCGUGCUCGAGUAGCAGGAGGCCUGCCUGAUGUGGUCACCAUCCAGGAGGGCAAGGCCCUCAAUCUCACCUGCAACAUUUCGGGCGACCCCGUGCCGGAGGUCACCUGGCUGAAGAACGACAGGGAGAUCACGUCCGACGACCACUGCAUCCUGAAGUUUGCGUCAGGCAAGUUCGCCAGCUUCACCAUCACCGGCGUGAACACGUCGGACUCUGGCAAAUACAGCAUCCUGGUGAAGAACAAGUACGGCACAGAGAGCGGGGACUUCACCGUAAGUGUCUUCAUCCCCGAUGAGGCGGGCGGCAAGAAAAAAUAAAAGCGGUCCAAAUCUUGUCGUAAAUAUGUAUAAAAGAAAAACACUGGAAACAGUUUAAGGAGAAAAAAAAGGCUUGAGGAUGUUUUAGAUGUUUGUGUAGAAUAUAAAAUUCCCUCUAGUGGUGUUAAACAAUAAAACCCAAAAUGUCCAAUAGUUCAGAGAGAAAUCUAAAUAUUUGGUCCAAAACUAACAAAUCUGACUGAACAUAAAAAGGUAUUUGUGACAUUCUACCCACCCAAAAUAUUACCAAAACAUUACUGGUGCAAUUUUAGUUUGUGUCUGUGUAAAGUUGUGGCAUGCAGAGAGGAACAUGUUGGUAUCAGUUUGACUCUCUUUGCUUUAGACGAAUAAAUGAAACAUAAAAGGAAGCCAAAGAUAAUAGUUUAAGACACGUUGUGUUGAUAGGAUGCAGCAGAAAGAAGAGAAAUCAUGAUGUUAGUGUGAAAUGUCUAUUAAAAAGCCAUAUGGAUGUUUGGUUUUUUUUUUACAUGUUUUAACCCAUUUGCCACAAAUGAUGUGGACUUCACUGCUAAUUGUUUUUUAAGGCACACCAAAACUUUAAAGCAAUUAUCUUUAAUUCAUGUCAUCGAAAUAUCAACAACAUCUUGCUUGAACAGCAGUAGGUCAUACUGAGCAAGGAUUAGCUUUUUGGAUGAGGACUAGCCAAUGUACUUGGUAACCAUAAAGCUAGCUCUUUCCAAAAUCCAACAGAGAGCAGGAAAGAACUGCUAACGUUCCCCAAAACUUUAAAAGCAUCUAGGACCUUUGUUCAGUAGGUAGAUACAACAUAGUGGAUAUGUUGUAUCUAACUACUGAACAAACUUUUUAAUAAUACCCUGUGCUCUUUAGCUAUUAGCUAUUAGCCUAUUGCUGGGUUAUAUAGGUAGUUAGCUAGUUAGCUGUACAUGCUAACAACUGUAUCUUACAUUAGAGCAGACAAAUGCACAGUUUCAUCCUCUUGCGUUUUUGGUUUUGGAAAAUAAAACAGCAUAAGUUCACAAAACGUGUUGCAAAUGGACUAAAACAUGGUCCUUUGAUGAAAUGUGCCAUGUCAUUAGCUGUUACAUUCAGUCCUGUUUUAGUUUUUGUUCCAUUUUAUUCACAAUCACUAUGAAUGUUGUGAUCAUGACAUCACUUCCACUGUAUCCCUGUCCGUAGUGAACACUGUAUGUCAGCACACUGUCUACUCAUUAUUCUUGAUGUUAUUUACCACUAUUAUGACUCCCCCUUCACUGUCCAUCACCAAUGGUUAUGGUGUCUCCUUAAUUCAUAAUGAUGAUAAUGAAACCACUGUAAUGAAGACUGAGAUCACUGUUAAUACCAAACAUUAGUGAUUAUUGUUUCACUUUCUAUUCCCCUGUUUCUUGAUGAGACUAAUAAAAAUGAGCAUGUACUUCCCCA